AUGGUGAGAAGUAUGAUCUCUUUUGCCGUAGAGCAGGUCCCCAUCACCCAGCGACUCAUCCACCGAUACUAUGAUAUGGUGCUAGGUACCGAAGACGCACAGCACACGAACCACUGCAAAAACUCGCCUGGGUCGUUUCUCAAAUGCGGGGCGCUCAAUACGCUUUGGCAUCAGGUGUCUUUCUUCGUUCGCCGUAUGUUCAGUCGCAACUACGAACAGGACCUGCUCAUUGAGAAACUCACACACGAGAAACAGCACGCUACCUCAUACGAAGAGUGGUUAUCGGCCGCUCUGCAGCUGGACGAACUGACACAUACCGAAGAUUGGAAGUGGAAGGAUGAAUCCGUACUCUACGACUACAAGCUUGUGAAGACGCACAUGGAGAUGAUGCGCGAGGCGCGCCAGAACAAGGAUUACGCACAGCUGCUCUACCUGGUACGCACGACCUGGGUCCGGAAUCUUGGAAAUAUGGGCAACGUCAACCUGUACCGCCACUCGCACGUCGGCACCAAGUUUCUCAUCGACGAGUAUAUGAAGGAAUCCAAGCUUGCUCUUCAGGAGCUCGUAUGCUGCUCGGAUCUCGAUGACAGCUACUUGUUGGGAAUGCUUGUGCAGACCCGUAAGAACAUUGGCAGAACCGCACUCGUCUUGAGUGGCGGCGGUACAUUUGGGCUUUUCCACAUUGGUGUUCUCGUGACGCUUUUCGAACAAGAUUUACUACCCAGAGUCAUUAGCGGGAGCAGUGCGGGUGCGAUCGUUGCCAGUAUCUUGUGUUCCCAUAACAAACAUGAGAUCGUCGAUUUUUUAAUGAGUGUGAUAGAAAAAGAUUUCAAUAUAUUUCAAGACGAUUCCGAAAAGACUCAAAGUGAGAACCUUCUCAUCAAAAUUUCUCGUUUCUUCAAAAGCGGAACCUGGUUUGAUAACAAAAACUUGGUGAAGACCAUGAUUGAGUUUCUAGGCGACCUCACAUUCCGUGAAGCAUACAAUAGGACAGGUAAAAUACUAAACAUUACUGUGUCUCCAGCAUCUGUGUUUGAGCAACCUGGGCUGCUCAACAAUCUAACUGCUCCCAACGUUUUGAUAUGGUCUGCUGUAUGCGCCUCCUGCUCCUUGCCCGGCAUAUUUCCUUCUACACCGUUGUAUGAAAAGGAUCCAAAGACUGGCGAAACAAGAGAAUGGAACAGCAGCACUGUUAAAUUCGUCGAUGGAUCAGUUGAUAAUGAUUUACCUAUUUCACGUUUAUCUGAAAUGUUCAACGUUGACCACAUCAUAGCAUGCCAGGUGAACAUACACGUGUUCCCCUUCCUGAAAUUAUCCGUCUCUUGCGUUGGAGGGGAGAUUGAGGAUGAAUUCAGCGCGCGGUUCAGGCAAAAUCUCAGUUCGAUUUACGGUUUUCUAUCAAACGAGAUUAUUCACGUUCUAGAAAUCGGUACUGAACUUGGAAUUGCCACAAACUUUCUCACGAAGGCACGCUCCAUUUUAUCUCAGCAGUAUUCAGGCGAUAUAACUAUUUUACCGGAGAUGAACAUGCUUUUAAGGAUGAAUGAAAUAUUAGUCAACCCUUCAAAAGAAUUUCUUCUCAGGGAAACCGUUAAUGGCGCUCGUGCUACUUGGCCUAAAAUUUCAAUCAUUAAGAACCACUGUGAGCAGGAAUUCGAACUCGAUAAAGCAAUAUCUUAUCUCAAAGGCAAAAUAAUUUCUAGCCCUUCAUUCGCUACUAAAAAUCCCUUCCAAUUUACCGAUCUUUCAAUUUCUUUAAUCAAUACCCCAGAAUUACCAAGUAAUGAUGGCCAUGUGCCUAAUGUUUUGGAUGAUACUAUACUUAACCCCUAUUCAACUGAUGGACUCUUGGUAGUACCUGACUCACGACGCCCUCAUUCUUUUGGAAGAACAAGCAUUUCUGUGGCACAAGCCAAUAAAGCUCUUCAUCAUAUUCGUCGCAAAUCAGACUCUUAUACCAAAGGAAAGGUGAGCUCUAGACUCCCAUUAACUCAUGCGGCAACUUCAACUGCACAUAUUUCCAAUAAAAUUUUACCUACUCUGAUGGGAUAUAGUCCAAAGCUUGAUAGGAAGAAGAGCAUGGCACAAAUUCAAACCAAUAAUAAUGCUCUCAAAGUUGAUCCCCGGAAACAUAGUUAUAGCUUUACUACACUUCAAGGGCGUAGGAAAAGUAGCUAUUCACCUACGAAAACGAACCCUCCAUCACCACUUUCAGCCCCCAUUAGUUCGACUUUAGAGCAAAGCUCUAGAAGAGGAUCAAUAUCUUCGUACGAGUCACCACUCAAAUCAUACCACAGAAGAGGAAUUAAGCCUGCCCAUAGGCGCCAUCAUUCUGGAGGAUCUCGGAGUAAUAAAGUUGUUUCAGUUUCUAAUGAAACACCUACAAAGGCGAACCAAAAUUCAGAACAACUAAAUGCAAAUAAUAUCGAUGUCCAUGACUCGAGGAACAAAGAAUUGGGUACGGAAAGUAUUGAAAUUAAUAGUGGGGAGGCAAGCAGACAAAUGGCAAGGAAUAAUCAAAAUCAAAGCGAUGAGCAAAGUGAUGAAAAUAUCGAACAAUUAAGUGAUACUGAUCUACAAAUGGAUUUACAGAUGGAACUACCAACAACAUAUGGCCUUUCAUCAGAUCAAGACACGGAAACGGAUAUGGUUAAUAAUGAAUCAUCCCUAGAGGACUAG